AUGGCUACCACUGCAUCUGCCACUGUAGGCCCCCCACCCCCUCCUCCGCCCCCUCCACCCCCUCCACCAGGCCGUCAACCAAGUGACCGGCCGUACUUCGAACAUCGGGAUAGGGCCAAUCAACGUCGGAAAGACGAGAAGGCGGAGGCACUGUAUGACGCGGCAUAUGGUUCAUACGAAUGGACAAUUGAUUCACGUGGGGAUAUCUGUAUAAAGGACAAGAAGCCCGCACGCGGGUCCCGCUCACGCCGUGCUGCUGCCAAGCGGGCAGCGGCCGAGAAAGAGGCCAAAGCUGCCUCGCAAGAUGCAGAGCGUGGCUCGGACCGGCAAAAGUCGCCCGAGUCCCCAGCCUCUGGGGAGGAGGAAUCCCCGGCUUCGCCGUAG